CACAUACUGUAGUUUCUAAAGUAUAGCCAUAAGAUGUAAACAUUAUUUCUGUUAACAUGAUUUUAGUGUGAUAAAAUUGCUUACUAACCAUACCUGUUAAACAUUACAUCCAAUACUGGGAUCACAGGGUUUUGUUGGCAUUACAACGAAGUUGUAAUAUUGGUCAUAACUUUACAAAGAUAAGGGAAGUGAUUUUAUCACACUAAAAUCAUGUUAACACGCAUACUGUUUAAGUCUUGUGGCUAUUGAAACAAUGUAUUUUAGCGGCUAUGGACUGGCUCUAUUCACUUCUAUUGAAAGUGCCUUACUUAUAACUGCGAUUUUUGCUUUUAUUUUUUAAAUUAAGGAGUGAUGAGUUCAGAUUCUUUUUUGUGGUAAUCAGCAUUAUGCCACAAAUGCUGUUAAUUGAGCUGAACUUGUAUUGAACUCGGAACAUUCCUUUAAUAAUGAAUAAUAUUAGUAAUAUUCUCAUUUAGAUUGUGAUGUCACUCUUCCCAACGUUUUUAUCAGUCAUCUACAUAUCUUACUAAAAACAAACUCCAACUUAUGACUUGAAAUGAACAGUUUUACUUAGCUUUCUAGGGGUGCCAGUUUUGACUGUACAAAGUUGCAUGUGAUGAUGUCAAGUAGAAUAAUUCAAUACAGAAGUGAAGGGGAAACCAGAGAUGCAGAGAGGCUAUGGUAGUAAAAAAAAAAAAAAAAAAAAAAAGGAAAAAGAAACACAUUUGUGCUUUUAAUACUUGCAGGUUCACUAAGUCAUUGCCAAGCCAACUCGCAUUUUGUUGUUACACUGUGUGCCUGUGUCUCCAUGUACUUAUCAGCUGUAUUUGAUCAGUGGGAAACAGCUCUGCUGCUAGAGAAGGGCGAUGUUGCCACCAGUUUCCUCCGUGCAGCUCGCUCAGGUAAUCUGGAUAAGGCUCUUGACCACAUCAAGAAUGGGAUAGACAUCAACACAGCCAAUCAGAAUGGACUCAAUGGGCUGCAUUUGGCCUCGAAAGAAGGCCAUGUUAAAAUGGUGCUGGAACUCCUGCACCAUGGUAUUGUACUUGAGACAACCACAAAGAAAGGAAAUACUGCUCUUCACAUUGCUGCAUUAGCUGGACAAGAACAAGUCGUCACAGAGCUUGUCAACUAUGGAGCCAACGUCAAUGCUCAGUCCCAGAAGGGCUUCACUCCGCUCUACAUGGCUGCACAAGAGAAUCACCUGGAGGUUGUGAAGUUUCUCCUGGACAACGGAGCCAAUCAGACCAUUCCAACUGAGGAUGGCUUUACCCCUCUUGCUGUGGCUCUUCAGCAGGGCCAUGAGAAUGUGGUGGCCCUGCUCAUCAACCAUGGUACAAAGGGCAAGGUCCGCCUUCCCGCACUGCAUAUCGCUGCCCGAAACGAUGACACCCGAACUGCCGCUGUGCUUUUACAGAACGACCCAAACCCUGAUGUCUUAAGCAAGACAGGCUUCACGCCACUCCAUAUAGCGGCCCACUAUGAGAACCUGAAUGUAGCCCAGCUUCUCCUAAACAGAGGAGCUGAUGUGAACUUCACGCCCAAGAAUGGGAUUACACCUCUACAUAUUGCAUCAAGGAGAGGAAAUGUUAUCAUGGUCAGACUUCUGCUUGACCGAGGAGCAAAGAUUGAUGCUAAGACUAAAGAUGAGUUGACUCCUCUUCACUGUGCUGCCAGAAAUGGCCAUGUAAGAAUAAUCGAGAUCCUUCUGGACCAAGGAGCCCCAAUACAUGCCAAGACUAAAAAUGGCCUUUCGCCCAUACAUAUGGCAGCCCAGGGCGAACAUUUAGACUGCAUCAGACAGCUGUUACAGUACAAUGCAGAGAUUGAUGACAUCACUCUAGAUCACCUUACACCACUGCAUGUGGCGGCACACUGUGGACAUCAUCGUGUGGCCAAAGUGCUCCUGGAUAAAGGAGCCAAACCAAACACCCGUGCUCUGAAUGGCUUUACACCUCUCCACAUUGCCUGUAAGAAGAACCACAUGCGUGUAAUGGAUCUGCUGUUAAAGCAUUCUGCGUCGCUGGAGGCUGUUACAGAGUCCGGGUUGACCCCACUGCAUGUGUCCUCCUUUAUGGGUCAUCUGAAUAUAGUGAAGAUACUGAUGCAGAAAGGUGCUUCCCCGCACGCCUCAAAUGUGAAAGUGGAAACACCUUUGCACAUGGCAUCUCGAGCAGGUCACUGUGAAGUUGCGGAGUUCCUCUUACAAAAUGCAGCCCCAGUUGAUGCUAAAGCCAAGGAUGACCAGACUCCGCUACACUGUGCUUCCCGCAUGGGCCACAACGAGAUGGUGAAGCUGCUCCUGGAGCACAAGGCCAACCCCAACUCCACCACCACAGCUGGACACACCCCACUGCACAUCACUGCCCGUGAGGGGCACACACAAACUGCCAGCCUCCUACUUGACAUGAACGCCCAGCUUACCAAAAUGACCAAAAAAGGCUUCACUCCUCUUCAUGUGACAGCCAAAUAUGGAAAGGUAGAUGUAGCAGCGCUGCUUUUAGAGAGAGGGGGCAACCCAAAUGCUGCAGGCAAGGUUGGACUCACACCAUUACAUGUGGCUGUCCAUCAUAACAACCUGGAUGUGGUCAAUCUGUUGCUCAGUAAAGGUGGAUCACCACACAGUGCAGCUCGGAAUGGCUAUGCUCCACUCCAUAUUGCUUCCAAGCAGAACCAGGUGGAAGUGGCCAGCAGUCUUCUGCAGCAUGGAGCCUCUGCCAAUGCUGAGUCACUACAAGGGGUCACGCCCUUACACCUCGCCGCCCAGGAGGGUCAAUCAGACAUGGUGUUGUUGCUCAUCUCUAAACAGGCGAAUGUAAAUCUGGGCAACAAGAGUGGACUGACCCCCCUACAUCUUGUAGCUCAGGAAGGGCAUGUUGGCAUUGCUGAUGUACUGGUGAAGCAUGGGGCGUCUGUCUACGCUGCUACUCGGAUGGGGUAUACUCCGCUUCAUGUGGCUUGUCAUUAUGGCAAUAUCAAGAUGGUUAAGUUCCUUUUACAGCAACAGGCCAACGUAAACAGCAAAACCAGGAUGGGGUAUACACCGCUACAUCAGGCUGCUCAGCAGGGCCAUACGGACAUUGUGACAUUGCUCCUGAAGCAUGGAGCACAACCCAAUGAAAUCACACCUAAUGGCACAUCUGCUCUUGCCAUUGCAAAGCGCCUUGGAUACAUCUCAGUCAUUGAUGUGCUCAAACUGGUCACUGAAGAGACUGUUACCAUGACCACCACAGAAAAACAUCGCAUGAGUUUCCCAGAGACAGUUGAUGAGAUCUUGGAUGUAUCUGAAGAUGAAGGUAUUGCACAGCUAACGUUAGGCGAGGAGCUGCUGGGGACCGAAGGUGCCAGGUACAUGAAGAUGGAGGACAUAAAGGACCAUGAUGAGGAUUUCCUGUCCCCCAAGAAAGUUCUAGAGAAUCAUUCUCCUGCUAUUCCACGGAUCCCAUGUGUGUCUCCUGAAACAGUAAUGCUUAAAGAACAUGACCUGGAACAGCAGCACACUCCACUCCCUUUGCCCAAGGAGUAUGAUGAGGAUUCCCUGAUCCCCAGCAGUCCGGCCACAGAGACAUCAGACAAUGUCAGUCCAGUCGCAAGCCCCAUCCACACUGGUUUCCUGGUGAGUUUCAUGGUGGAUGCUCGCGGUGGCUCCAUGCGAGGGAGUAGACAUAACGGCCUGCGCGUCAUCAUACCUCCACGCACCUGUGCUGCACCUACACGCAUCACCUGCCGCCUGGUGAAGCCUCAAAAACUCACGACACCACCUCCUCUGGUUGAGGGUGAGGGGCUCGCCAGCCGUAUCAUCUCGCUUGGUCCAGCUGGCAUGCAGUUCUUAGGGCCUGUAAUUGUGGAGAUUCCCCAUUUUGCUGCGCUUGGUCGGGGAGAUCGUGAGCUUGUAGUCUUGAGGAGCGAGAAUGGCUCGGUCUGGAAGGAACAUCGGAAUCGUUAUGGUGACGAGGUCCUGGAGACCAUCCUCAAUGGCAUGGAUGAAGAUCUCGAGAGCCAGGAGGAACUCGGAAAGAAGAGGAUCAGACGUAUCAUCUCCACUGACUUCCCUCUUUACUUUGCCGUGGUGUCUCGCAUCCAGCAGGAGAAUGAUCUGAUUGGCCCAGAGGGGGGUUUUCUCACUAGCAAGCUAGUGCCCAUGGUCCAGGCCAGCUUUCCUGAGAUGGCCGUCACCAAGCGGGUUCGUCUCGGACUGCAGGCCCAGCCAGUCCCUGAUGAGCUGGUGGCCAAGCUCUUGGGGAACCAGGCCACGUUCAGCCCCGUGGUGACAGUAGAGCCUCGCCGACGCAAGUUCCACCGCCCUAUUGGCCUGAAGAUUCCUCUGCCUCCAUCCUGGAGGGAGAGUCCACGGGAUGCUGGCGAGGGUGACACCACCAGCCUCCGCCUGCUGUGCAGUGUCAUUGGUGGCACAGCUCCUGCUCAAUGGGAAGAUAUAACUGGCACCACCAAACUGAUGUAUGCCAAUGAUUGUGCCAGUUUCACUACCAAUGUGUCUGCCCGUUUCUGGCUGGCAGACUGUCCUCGGACAGCAGAGGCUGUGUCCUUUGCCAACCUUCUGUACCGUGAGCUGUCAGCUGUGCCAUACAUGGCCAAGUUUGUGGUUUUUGCAAAGAUGAAUGAAGCACGGGAGGGUCGACUCCGCUGUUACUGCAUGACUGAUGACAAAAUGGACAAAACUUUGGAGCAGCACGAGAACUUUACUGAAGUGGCCCGUAGCAGAGACAUUGAGGUCAUGGAGGGGAUGCCAUUGUACUUGGAGUGUUCAGGAAACUUGGUUCCCAUAAGGAAAGCUGCCCAGCAGCCACGUUGUUUUAGCUUCCAAGCUUUCAGAGACAACAGACUGCCAGUGUCUGUCAAGGUGAGGGACAGCAGUAAAGACCAUUCUGGCUUUUUGUCCUUCUUGCGCAAAUCCACCAAAUAUGAAGAUAGUCAACAUGUGUUGUGUAACCUUAAUGUUACCAUGCCGCCAUGCAUUAAGGUAAUGCAAAGGAUUAUAGGAACUGAUGACCGAAGAAGGACUCUAACUCCUUUAGCUCUGAGGGAAAGAUACAGUGCUCUAAAUGAGCCAGCCAUGGCAUCACUGAGCGCCAUGGAAAGGACGGAGUUAAAGAUGGCUUUAAUAGCUGAACAGCUAGGCCUGAGCUGGGCUGAGUUGGGACGUGAACUGCAGUUUAAUGUAGAUGAAAUAAAUAAGAUUCGAGUGGAGAAUCCCAACUCCCUUUUAGAGCAGAGCUCAACACUGCUCAACCUGUGGGCAACUCGAGAGGGGAAGAGAGCUAAAAUGGACAGCCUGUACAUGGCCCUGAAGAGCAUUGACCGAGUGGACAUUGUGAACAUGUUGGAGGGCCAGGGACCACCAACAGGCCAGCAGGGCUGUUGGGAGCAAGAGGCUUCCAGGUCCAGACAUCAUGACCGAGACCAUCUAUCUCCUGGCAUCACAAAUGGUUACGGGCUGGUGGUGCAGGAGGAACUAGUUUCACCGGCCUCCAUGCAGUACAGUCUGCCUUCGCCACUGAGCAAUGAGCCCUAUUGGCAGGAAGUGUCAAGCAUGGAGUGUGCGCCCAUUGCUACCACAGAAGAGGACACACUCAUGGAGAUGUCUGAGGUACAGGUUUGGCCCACAGGCAAUAGUCCUUCUAUUGUGGCUGUGGAGGACUCCUCUCUGGAGUGCAGUAAUGCCGAUGACUCCGAGGCACUUCUAAACAGGAGCCUGGGCCACUCCAGGAGUGGUAGUCCUGGUGGAAAUGGACCAGUGGGGCUUGCCGAUCAGGAAGGCUUAAGUGGCUCCAUCGAGCUUCUUGAGGAUCAAUCCAUUGGGGCAGACUCAGAUUACAGUGCUGCCGGGAUGCACUGCCUGAGUGGAGGGGUCAACAUCAAUGCUCUGGACAGAGGUCAUUGGUCGGAAGGGGCUGUAGGUGAAGAAGUCAACAACAUUAAAGACAGUUCCAAUGGUGGGUUGGGAGAAGGAGGAGGAGGCAAUGGCAUAAGCUUAGAAGAUAGCAUAUCUCUUGUUUCAGGACAACAUCAAAUAUAUGCUCGAAUGAGUGAGUCACCUGGGCUAAGAAGACGGGCAGAUAAUGGUGAUGACAGGUUAAGUGGUGGGUCCUUCCUGUCGUACCUACAGGAUCAGGGUGCUCCUGGUUGGCACUCGGCCCCAGAACCAACUCCAAGUAGGGUGGGGUCUCUAUCGUGCUCCCUUCCUAGACAGGCCAUUGAAUCUAUGAUGUCAUCAGUGCGAGCUGCAGUGGAUUGUGAUUCUAAACAGUCUUGCCUAGGCCAGGAAUCCCUAAUUGAACCAGUGCGGGACAUAGGGCAUGCUGAGUUUAUCCACGGGCAUUAUCAGGGAACACAGCCUUUUGAGAAAGGACUAGGCUUCCCACAUAGAACAGCUAACAUUCGAGGUUGGGAGGACAUGCGUCUAAGAGGGCAGGGUGAUGAGGCAGAUGAUCUACCAGGGGAGCAAGUGAGCGAGGAGCAAUUUACAGACGAGCAUGGCAACAUCGUCACCAAAAAGACUGUGAGGAAGGUGGUCCGGAGAGGAAAAGGGGAGGAGGGGGGUCAGGAGCUCAUCAUAGAAGGGCUGCCGCAGGAUAUCACAGAGCCAGAUGUUGAUGGGGAGCAGUAUAUGAGCUAUGCCAUCCUGGGCCGUGACAGCAAGCCGGAUGUUAUGGAUGUGAAGAGGGGAGGUGCUCAAAUAGUGAAAUGUGCAAGUCUGCGGAGAGUUAAGCAGUGAGUGUGGCUCACUCCUCCCUGCAGGACUUGUCAUGCAAACCAUCCUUCACUGACACAUGAUGGGUGUCAAAUAAAGAAGACAACAGAACUAGAGUGCUGGCAAUAGACAAUGGAUAUCAACUAUGAAAACAGAUUUUAGGACUUUUUUAAACAAGCAAAAUAAAACACUAGAGGCAUGAUUUCUUAUAAAACAAAAUCAAACAAUGAAAAAAAGCAAGCAUAUGAGAAGUGCUUCCUGUAAUCUCAAUAUCAGCAUGUGAAAGUGCUGUUGCAUGGCCUGCCUUUACAUACAGCACUGACUGCAAGCAAUUAUGAGAAUCCAGGCUGAUUAAAAGGAAGAUGAGAAAUCAGUGUCAUACCGCAAGGGCUGUAAACAUGGAGGGUGGAAGGACUUUGGUGAACCAGAAGCAUAUACGCUUAAGCCCUGGAUUGCUGUGAAACCGAGACAUCCUUGUUUUGGGAGAAACUAGUUAUAGUGAAAUCCUGCAACUGUUCUGACCUAAAUUUAGUCUUCCAACUGAACGCAGAACAGUGGAAGUGAGCCCAGAACACACUUCUGAUAUAAUUUCAAGUGGGGAGCUGUUUGUCCCUCUUUUACUGAUAUUAUACAUAAUAUGCACUGAAAUAUGAUGUGAAUGUACUCUCACUCUGUGUGUGUGUGUGUGUGUGUGUGUGUGUGUGUGUGUGUGUGUGUGUGUGUGUGUGUGUGUGUGUGUGUGUGUGUGUGCGCGUGUGCGUAUUCUUUUUGACAUCCCAAAAAUCAAACAACCUAUGCGAUGAUUAUGCUGCUGUUUCAAUACUUGCUCCAGAGCUCAUGUUCAGUUAAAUCGUACAUGUCUUAUGUAUUGUAAAGGUGUAAUUGUGUAGCAAAUGUGCUUUUUAGAAAUGAGCUGUAAUGUUCUGUGUUGCCUGAGAUGUAUACUAGGCUCAAGGGUUUCAAUUUGUGCAGAUUAAAUAUGGGGAUACAGUACAUUGGA